CCAAUCCACAGUCUGUCUAAAGACAUCCACCGGUCUAUUUGUAAUAUAAUUACAUUGGAUUGGCUCAUUUCAAUAUCAAAACAAAUUUUUUGAAAAAGAAAAAAAUUAUUGAACUUCAUUUUCAAGUUUGUUUUCGUGAGUUUUUCUUCACUUAUAGUGAUAUGGUCAGGUGGUAGUUAACAAUAAUUUAAAGUCUCACAAGAGACAUCGUUUUUCUUAUUGGAAUCUUUCAUAUUAUUUUCUGGUGUGAACUCAGACUGGAAAUAAAUAUUUGGUCACUUCGAUGAUGAAAAUAUUGGCAGGCGUGGAGGAGGUGACGAGUGAAGAAAAAAAAGAUCUUCUCAAUGAUCAUGUAUGCAACAAUCAUCAUGAACAAAAAUCAAAGCCCCCUGCACCAGAUGAAUCGACAAAAUCUGUUGCCUAUCAAAGGCGAAUUGAACGUCCUAAAGAACCUGCAAAGUCACAAAUUAAGGGUCAGGUGACUGUUGAAGAUGAAGAAAGGAUGAGAAAGUUACUUCCUUUUCACUUAGCACCUGAAUAUCUUCAAUUUAAUCCUUUUAUUCUUCACGGCUACCGAGGCUACCUCACCACUAAAUUAUGUUUAGAAAGUGUAUUUUGGUGGACUAAUGAAACAAUCAAUAUUUGGAGUCAUGUUUUUGGAUGGAUGUUGUUUUUCGGAUUGACAUUUUACGAUCUUUGCCUAUUAAACAUUCAUGCACCAUUUGGUGAUAAAAUUAUUGUUGCCUUGCUACUCAUUUGUUUCCAGGCGUGCAUGAUCCUUUCGUCAAUUUAUCAUACAUUCUCCUGUCGAAGUGAAGAUGAUUAUUGGUGUUUCCUGUCGUUUGAUCUCUUUGGUAUUGCUCUUAGUUUACUAGCAAUUUACAUGUCAGGGGUUUAUUAUGCCUUCUGGUGUCAUAAGGGUUUACAACAAUUUUAUUUAAUAACCGUUCUAUUAAUAUUUAUAUUUGCAAUGAUCCUACAAGUGCCAAAGUUUGAUAUUAAUGGCAAUGUAAAAUUGAUAGUAUUCGUUGCAUGGGCAGCUUAUGGUGUAUUGCCAACAUUACAUUGGAGCGUUGCCAUGGGUGGAAUGGAAAAUCCCAUGGUACGAAUGCUACUUCCUCGUGUUCUAGGGAUGUAUGUCAUUAGUGGAUUAGCAUUUCUUAUUUAUCUUAGCAGAAUUCCUGAACGCUUUUGUCCAGGUAGUGUAGACUUUAUUGGAUCGUCUCAUCAAUGGUGGCAUGCAUUAGUUGUUUUGGCACUUUAUUAUUGGCACAAUACAGGAAUGCUUUAUGUGGAGUACAGAAUGAAUCACGGCUGUCCUAGUAAUAUGAAAUUAUGACACUCAAAUACUGAAAACUAUUAAGAUUUUUUUCAAACGUGAUUCAAAUGCUUGUGUCGUUAUAACUUAUUAUUACAUAUACAUAUUGUAUAUAUUAUAUAAAUAAAAUUUUUUUUUACUUCUAAUAUAUACAAAUACAAUCUAUAUAUAUAUAUAUAUAUAUAUAUAUAUAUAUAUACUUAUAUUUAAAAUCAUUUUAGAAAAUAU